AUGGAUGAUACCCAUUCAAAAAACAUUUCGAUAGAACUUUGUCAGAGUGACUUGUGGCAUUCAUUCCAUGCUCUUGGAACAGAGAUGAUAAUUACAAAAUCUGGAAGGCGAAUGUUUCCUGCAGUCCGGUGCAAAGUUCAUGGUUUAGAUCCCAAAUCCAAGUACAGAGUAUAUAUAGACUUUGUUCAGCUAGACAGACACAAGUACCGAUACGUCUAUCAUAGUUCCAAAUGGAUGGUGUCCGGUACUGGUGAUAACAUGUUUAAACCACAGAAAUACUCACACCCAGAUUGCCCCAUGGACGGCAAUCUUCUCAACUCACAGAUCAUUUCUUUUGAAAGAUUAAAACUAACUAACAACGAGAGAUCAAGGAAUGGUCAGGUUUCGUUAUUGUCAAUGCAGAGAUUUCUUCCUAGAGUACACGUUGAACGACUAUCUACGGAAAACAUUCCAGAGGAACAUUUUGUCACAUCCUUUCCACAGACAUCUUUUAUGGCUGUUACAGCCUAUCAGAAUCAAGAGAUAACUCGUUUGAAGAUAGCCAGAAACCCGUUUGCCAAAGGUUUUAGAGAGUCCGGUAAAAACAGGAGCUCACUGGAAGCCAUGAUUGAGUGCUAUGGAUUACAUUUUACGGAGAAUGAAAUAAACCGUAGUUGUCCCAAAAAUGAAGGCAAAUUAAUAGAACAAGGUUAUCCAAGUCCAAUAUUUUCUGUUUCACCACUAAGCGAUGAAUCAACAGAAGUUUUGAUGAAAAAUAGACUGACAACAGACAACAUUGGAAGAACUUUUUCGCCAGAUUUUGGUAUCAAACCUACUUUCAAUACAUUUUUCAGUCACGAGGUUCCAAGAGUUACUUACGAUUUCUGUGGUAAAAGUGCAAGUGCUUUAAAAAAGGAAAAUGGUCAUUCCAUAGCAGACACAGACAGUUUCGUUCACCAUACUGUACGUUAUUCCCCGUACUCUGACACUUCAUAUUACAGUCAUUCAGUCAAACCGAGACUUAAAGUUUUCCAUUACGAUGUUUGUUGAUACAAUUUGUUUGAUGCAUUGUAGCACGUUGUAUAUAUUGUGUAUUGAUUUUUUUUAUGUUAAGACGCUAGCAUAAUAUUAAUGUUAAGGUUUAAUUUUUUUCGCAACUCUUUUUAUGUUAUUACGUUUUUAGUAUAUUGGGUAGUUGAUCAUCUUCGUUAGCCAAGGGUUACGAUCCACUUCCCUCCUCUCCACCCUUGGCAGAUUAAGUCAACACUUGUAAUAACAAUGUUGCGCCAUCUAUCGGUAGAUUAAAGUCACGCCCAUUCCGAAUACAUUAUUCUUGACCAAUGGUAGCACUUGAACUCUUCAAUUUGGAGGUAAAAACACGGUAGCGUCUAGAUUCUACACACUUGGUAAAGCAGGAAACGAAAAUAUACGUUGACAUUCAUGCAUUUGUGCAAGAAACAAACACAGGAACUUCUAUUAGUUGAUUAAAAACAUUCAAAUUGUCACUAAAUAAGUAAAUAUAGUCGUAUGUUUAGGGAUGUAAAGACUUGUUGCACAAUAAGCACGUGGCAAUUGUUUACAUACACUUUCUACAUUUACACGUGAUCAUGUUAUAGGGGCUUUUUGAUUGGAUGCAGCGAGUUUCGACUGCAACCAAUGAAAAUCAUUACCUUGUGUCUCCGAAAUUCUAUCUCAAUCUGCCAAGGGUGGAGAGGAGGGAAGUGGAUCGUAACCCUUGGCUAGCAAAGAGGGUAGUUGAUUAGACUCAAAACCAUCAAUUACUAUUGAUUAAUCAAUAAUGAUGUAAACCAUGUUAAAUCAUUUUAAAACUCUACGUUAUUGUCUCGGCUCGACAAAAUUAAAAAAAAACAAGUAUUAUGUGUGUUGUUUCCCGCGGCGGCGACAUCAACAGUGUAUUAUUUUGUGAUUAAAACAGUUUAAGGGGAACCACUUGUGGAAAUUCAAUGAUUUUCGGUAUGCAGUAUUAUAAGCAUUGGCACAUCUCAUUUCCAUGGAGAUGAUUUAGACCCACCCCUCAGUCAUGCUUUAUUUUCUUUUUUGUACUGCCUGCUGUUUGUUAUGUAACCAUGCAUUAAUUUAUGUUCUUUUCCUAAAUCGCAAUGGUAUAUUUUGUUUGAUAAUUAUUUCCCUUAUGUCUCGCGUUCUUGCACUAUCAUAUUUGACUCAUUAUACAAAGUAUAAUCAAAAUUACACAGUAUAGAGUAAAUAUUGGUUGAAUUCGAAAUGUUGCCAGCUGUGUACAUGGUUUACGCAUUUGGAAUGAUCUAAUGUGCUUGCAAAAGUCUCUUUUUGUUACUUUGGUAUAAAUGUUUCCUAUAUUUGGCAUUUCUUUUAACACAGUUGCUAUGGUAUUCUUCAUUGUGUUAAUUAUUCAAUAAAAAUUUAUAAUGCUGCA